AUGGAUGCUGCCAAUUCCGCCGGCGGUGACGGAGGGAUAGGAGCAUCUUCCAACAGUAGCGAUUUUGUCCGGAAACUCUUCAAGAUGCUUGAGGACCCUUCGCACAAGGAUAUAGUUAGAUGGAAUGAGACUGGCGAUAGCUUUAUUGUGGUUGAUACGAACGAUUUCACGAAAAAGAUUCUGCCUAACCACUUUAAACAUUGCAAUUUUGCUAGUUUUGUAAGACAGUUAAAUAAAUAUGACUUUCACAAGAUUCGAAAUUACGAUGCGGGGGGUGGAGGAAAUCAGCAUCAGGCUUGGGAGUUUAAACAUCCGGACUUCCAGAAACAUAAUAAAGACAAUCUUGACAACAUUAGGAGGAAAGCACCUGCUCCACGGAAGCAGCAAUCACAGGGUGAUGAGGCUGGCUUGCAGCAAAUUGAAGUACUACAAAGCCAGGUUCGGGAUCUUCUAAAGUCACAGAGCUUAAUGGAUGCCAGGGUACAAAGCUUGACCAGCGAGAACCAUGCAGUCGUGCGAGAGCUGCAAAAUACGAAGGAAAUGCUUCAAGCCCAUCAGCAUAUGAUACAUUCACAUGAUUCAUAUUUACACAAACUGAUACAGUUUCUGUGGAAGAUGGAUGCAGAGAUCAAAGAGUUAAGAGGAGUGGGUGGGAAACGGGAUGGGGAACAUUCGGAGGUUGUUUCACCUACCGGUGGUAACACAGGGUUCGGUGCACCGGCCACUUCGUCAAAUGACCAGAAUGGCUCGUCGACUCCAUUGCAACAGGCGCAGAGACUCAUGAGCAGUUUUGCGGAAAUUACAAAGGGAAACUCCUCUUUACAGAACAUGAGUGAUAUUGGGCAGCCUAACCAACCAGAGUCUGUUGGUGGUUAUGAAGAUUAUAGUCAGCUGGGUCGACAUCUACAAAAUGGCCAUCGGUCGAAUUCAAUGCAGAAUGGAGGUAUCCAAAGUGUAGGGCCUGACGGGAAUCAUAUGUACAACAUAGGGGCGUCAUCUGGAAUGAGCGAUGUUUACGGGAGUGGGCAGGUGGGGAAUAUCACAUUUCCCAUUACUGCUCCUAACCCCGAAAAUGGGACAUUAAAUUCAUCUGCAAGACCAAAUGCCGGUCGUAAAAAGAGCUCAUCAUUCGUCACCAAUUGGGCUACCCCUCCCAGGGUUCUGCUGGUCGAAGAUGAUCCCACAUGCGCACGGAUUGGAACCAAGUUUCUUCAAACUGCACAGUGCGGGGUUGAUAUGGCGACUGAUGGGUUAGGCGCCGUAAAGAAGCUUGGUAGCAAUAAAUAUGAUUUAGUGCUCAUGGAUAUUGUCAUGCCACUUUUGGACGGGGUAUCAGCAGCUGCAUUAAUCAGACAAUUUGACAAAGAUACACCUAUCAUCGCCAUGACAUCGAACAUUCGACGUGACGAUAUACAGUCUUAUUUUAGCAAUGGUAUGAAUGAUGUCUUGCCAAAACCUUUCACAAAAGAGGGACUAUUGAAACUGCUGGAAAGAUGCCUAAGUCAUCUUAAAGUAAACAAAAAUACGGGGCAAAUCCCGCAUCAGUUGAGCUUCAACGGACCUGACAAUGAUAACGGCGGGCCAUUGGUUAAACCGACAAACUCAUUGAAAUACUCUCAUUCACCCUCUAAAUCCCCUAACCUUGCCAUAUAUGGGCGCUCGCCUAACGAUAUUGAUGAAGACCCGAUCGGAGAAGCGGCAUCUGCCUUAGACAACUCAUACCUCAACAUGAUGGGCCCAUAUGUGGACAAUAAUAAUACUCACGACCAAGCAAGCAACUACUCCUCGCCAGCCAAUUCUUCACGUGGCCUUCGGCGUGGGGCUUCUGAGAUGGAUGAUCAUCCAUCUCAUCUAGGCGGAAUUGAUAUAAAAAAGGCACGGUACCUGCCAUGA